GGAGAAGAUGGCCGCCAGCGCCGGCGCGCCCAUGACCCUCUGCCUGCUGGCGCUGCUCGUGCGCUCCGCCGCCGCCUUCCGCGCGCUCCCGCCGGAGAGCGCCCACCUCCAGGCCACCGAGGCGGAGAUGCGCUCGUUCCUCGAUGGCCCCGGCGAGGCCGACCGGGAGGUCCUUGCCGCCGCAGGGGUCCUCGCCGCCGGGGACAAGCUCAGGGGGCUUGCACGGACCCCCACUUGCCCACGGAUCGCUGCUAGGGGCCCAAUAUCGGCC